UCGGAGCAGGGACUCCAGCUUGCUGAGCCUUUGCUUUGUUUGCUGAUUUUUUUUUUUCCGUUGUAGUCACAAAUUAAUCUUUGCUGUCAGGGGAUAAAGGCCGGGACAGAUGGCUCCGGGGAGAGCCGGGGAGGCCCGAGGCGACGCGGCCGGCAGGAGCCCCGUGGCUAAUGGCAGCAUCGCUGCGGGGUCGUCACAUUGUGUCGCGCCGGGUCCCGGGCCAGGAGCGAAGCCGCGAGCCAGGAGCCCGUGAGCAUGGCCGGGCAGUGCGACACCAUCUACAAGGGCUUCGCCGGCUGCCUCAUCAGCCUGGGGGACAGCAUGGCCCAGAGCGUCCGGCAGCAGCAGGAGGAGGGCGGCGAGGAGGCGCAGGAGCUGGACACCAUCUGCAAGUCCUGGGACGACUUCCACACCUGUGCCAGCGAGGUGCUGUCGAAAUGCCCCGUGGAAGCGUCCGCGAUCUGGGAGUCGCUGCGCCAGGAGUCCCGCAAGAUCCAGUUCCAGGGGAACCUGCAGGAGCUGUGCAGCUCCCGGGGGCGCCUGGCCAGCGCCCGGGGCUCGCCGGCCGCUGAGACCAACCAGGCCACGCUGCGGGGCUCGGCCACCCCCCUGCACCCCCGUGUCCUGGCCCUGCUGGCCCUGCCGCUGCUGGUGGCCCGGCUCUAGCCCUGCCUGCCCGGGGGUGCCCGGGGGACGCCCCGGGUCGGUCCCCUCGGUGCUGGCCGGGAAGAGGUACCCACUGAGCCCACCCUCCAUCCUGGGCAUCCCUCGCGGGGCACGGUCCUCUCCUGCAGCACUUCAGAUGGAUUUAUAUUUAUAUUAAAAGACACUUUUACAUUUC